AUGCCAGGCGGCAAAGGAAAGACUGGAGGCAAGACAGGUGGAAAGGGUGACGCGCAUGUCAAGACAUCCAAGUCGCACUCCGCCAAAGCCGGCCUUCAGUUCCCUUGCGGUCGUAUAAAGCGUCAUCUACGUACCAUCACGCGCCAGAAGACGCGCAUCGGCGCCAAGGCCUCGAUCUACUUGACCGCAGUCCUUGAGUACCUUACUGCCGAAGUACUUGAACUCGCAGGCAACGCCGCCAAGGAUCUUAAGGUCAAGCGCAUCACGCCGCGCCAUCUUCAGCUCGCCAUCCGCGGUGACGAGGAACUCGACACCCUUAUUCGCGCAACGAUUGCAUUCGGAGGUGUUCUGCCACACAUUAACCGCGCUCUGCUGCUGAAGGUCGAGCAGAAGAAGAAGGGUGGCAAGCCUGCGGAGGUCUGA